AUGAACGAUGCUAUACCAGAGUUCGAUUACACUGAAAUCGUGAGAUCAAGGGACUCACAGAAUGUGGAACCAGUUGCGAAUUCUCCUCAACUGUCGGAAGCAUCGAAAAUUACAAAGAAAAGAAAGAGAGACCCACAACUGGUCCACCUGCUUAAGAAGGUUAGUUUCCAAAGCACGCUUUUGUGCGUCGUCUUACCGCUAUUCUCCCUUUUCAAAUUGAUUCUUUCGAAGCCAGAGUGGAACGGGAAACUCCUUAAAUGUCUCGCUGUUUACAUGUUUAUCUCCCAGGUGAGCCUUGUCGCCGGGUAUCACCGAUUCUUUACGCACGCUGCUUUCCAGUGUGACCUUAUGGUUCAAUCAAUAUUUGCUAUCCUGGGCGGGUCUUGUGGCCUUGGCUCGAUACUCGACUUUUCAAGCCAGCACUUGGCGCACCAUCAUUAUGUUGAUACAGAGCGGGACCCUCAUGCCUGCGUUGUGCAUGGCUGGCUAUUCGCACAGUGGGGUCACAAGCUAUUUCAUGGCAACCGCAAAUCGGCUAGGGCAGUUCAAGAGUGUCGCAACACUCUAGAGUCCACGGCUAAGGCAUCCACCAGCAAAGUUGAGACAAACUACAUCAGUUCACCUAGCUACGCCCUACUUCGUUGGCAAGAUGAAAACUACGCAGAAAUUCUCGUGCUGACAAUAAUCUUGAUACCUUGUAUACUGGCGAAGUUCUGCAAAGUUCCAUUUUUCAGCGGUGUCUUUUACUUAGGAUUGGUAAGGAUGUCGAUUAUUCAACAACAAUGGUUACUCAUUGGCUCCUUGUGUCAUACCAAAAGGUUUCCGUUGGCCUCACAGCCAUUCGAUGAUUCGAGAUCUGCGGUGGACUUGCCCUUCGGAACCAUUAUGGACCUUCUUACUUUUGGCGAAUCCAAUCACAAUUUCCACCACGAGUUUCCUGGCGACUAUAGAAAUGGGCCUGGGAAGUACCAGUGGGAUCCAGCGAAGUUUGCAAUACUAGUGCUGUAUUACCUUGGUCUCGUUGGAAAACUACACUCUGCCGGUCAAGACCAAAUUGAAAAAUGCCUGGUACAACAACAGCAGAAGCUGCUUGACGACGAGCGCUCAAAAUUACAGUGGGGCAUCCCGCUCGAUAAACUUCCUAUCAUGCCUGCCGAGGUGUUCGUGAGAAUGGCGAAACAAGAGUUCCAAGAACACAGAAGAGCACUCGUCGCCAUUGAAGGCGUAGUGCAUGAUGUUACGCCCUUCAUUCACGACCACCCCGGUGGUGUGGCUCUUGUGGAAACCAGUAUUGGUAAAGAUGCAACACAAGCAUUCAAUGGUGCUGUUUACUUACAUUCCCAGGCUGCACGCAACUUGUUAGCGACCAUGCGCAUUGCUGUCAUCGGAAGUGGGCAUAUGGGAAUAGAAUCAACAGUUUGGGAAAAGCACAUAUUAGAGAGUAGCAACUGGAAAAAUGAUACGAAAGGCCGCGAAAUAGUUAGAAAUAAACAACAGGUCACAUUUACAAACAAAAACCACUACGCUGCAGGUGCAGCGUAG